AUGCGGAGGAAAAGGACCCGUCACUAUGGAAGCGAUACAACUAACCUCGAGAAAUCAGGUCGCAUGGCUUUUACCGGUCGCACCGAUGGGGAUAGCGUUGCAGAUGAGGACGUGUUUGCCAACACGGCAUCUGAACCGGCGAUUCCGUCCUCAGUGUGGGAGCAUCAUGGACGUCGAUUCCAAGACCUCACAGGUGUGCGGAUCAAUCCGGAGCAUGGGAAAGAUCCCAAUGUCAUGAAGUGGAGGGAUGGGAAUGAUUCAGAGAAUCCUCACUGUGAUGCAGGAUUUUCAUGUCAGCCAUAUGACCACAACGCUGAGCUGGGCCUGUUCAUUGCUGGAUACGGCUAA